GCAUCUCUCUCAGUCUGCAGUCUCUUGAUUUUCUCUUUGAUUUCUACACUCUGAUCCAUUGUUUGGGAAAAUCCUGUACACUCUGGGUAUUUUCGCAACAGAGCUGAGUGUACCCUAGCUGCUGGUGAAGGAGGAUUUAAUGCUCCUGAUGCUCCAGGUUUGGCUUUACUUUGGAUCUGUGUGAGCUGAGAAGAGAAGGGAUCCAGGAAGAAGGAGAGAGUGGGCAGGAAGUUGCCCAGGUGAGAGCUUCUUCUGCCGGGGAAGUUAAAGCUUCAAGGCGCUGGCGUUGGCAGCAGCGGUAGUGAUUGAUGGUUUUCCGUGGAGGGUCAUGCCCUGGGACUUGUGUGAUUUUUGGCUUUUGGAGUUGGAGACCCUUUCCCAUUCUUGCCCCCCUAGUGGGGCAGCAUUGAUCCUGGUGCCGGUAAAAGCCGCCAGGCACCAGUGGCUGCACCGCGAAGAGUGGGCACCAUGAACCAGCUGGAUGCACCACGGCCACUCAACUGGACCAUCAGAAAACUGUGCCAUGCAGCCUUCUUGCCAUCUGUACGCCUGCUAAAGGCACAGAAAUCGUGGAUAGAAAGAGCGUUCAGCAAGAGAGAAUGUGUUCAUAUCAUAGUGAGCGCCAAAGACCCCCAUAGGUGCUGUUGUGGUCGUCUGAUAGGUCAGCAUGUGGGCCUGCCCCCGGGCAUCUCAACCAGUCAGAAUGACAAGGCGGACCGUUUGGCCAAGAAUGACAGCCUGUCGGAGAAGUGGUCGAUCAGCAAACACACACAGCUCAGCCCCACGGACGCCUUCGGUACCAUCGAGUUCCAGGGAGGAGGACACUCCAACAAAGCCAUGUACGUGCGCGUGUCAUACGACACCAAGCCUGACCUGCUGCUGCACCUGAUGACCAAGGAGUGGCAGCUGGAUCUGCCCAAGCUGCUCAUCUCAGUCCACGGAGGCCUGCAGAACUUUGAACUGCAGCCCAAACUCAAACAGGUCUUCGGCAAAGGGCUCAUUAAGGCUGCAAUGACAACAGGAGCCUGGAUCUUCACCGGAGGGGUCAACACAGGGGUGAUUCGCCAUGUGGGUGAUGCUCUAAAGGACCACGCUUCCAAGUCAAGGGGGAAGAUCUGCACCAUUGGCAUCGCUCCAUGGGGCAUCGUAGAAAAUCAAGAGGAUCUUGUUGGCAAAGAUGUGGUGCGUCCAUACCAAACCAUGUCCAACCCCAUGAGCAAGCUGACAGUUCUGAACAGUCUCCACUCCCACUUCAUCCUGGCAGAUAAUGGCACCACCGGAAAGUAUGGCGCUGAGGUCAAACUGCGACGCCAGCUAGAGAAACACAUCUCCCUGCAGAAGAUCAACACACGUAUCGGUCAGGGAGUGCCGGUGGUGGCUCUGAUCGUUGAGGGAGGCCCUAAUGUGAUCUCCAUAGUGCUGGAAUACCUCAGGGACACGCCCCCGGUCCCUGUGGUGGUGUGUGACGGCAGCGGCAGGGCCUCAGACAUCUUGGCCUUUGGACACAAAUACUCUGAGGAGGGAGGCAUUAUUAAUGAGUCUCUAAGAGACCAGUUGCUGGUGACCAUACAGAAGACUUUCACCUACAGCCGCACACAGGCCCAACAUCUGUUCAUCAUCCUUAUGGAGUGCAUGAAGAAGAAGGAGCUGAUAACUGUUUUCCGGAUGGGGUCGGAGGGUCAUCAGGACAUUGACCUUGCCAUCCUCACUGCUUUACUUAAAGGUGCCAAUGCUUCUGCUCCUGACCAGCUGAGUUUGGCUCUGGCUUGGAACAGAGUGGACAUCGCCCGAAGUCAGAUCUUCAUAUACGGACAGCAGUGGCCUGUCGGUUCCCUGGAGCAGGCGAUGCUGGAUGCCUUAGUUCUGGACAGAGUCGACUUUGUUAAGCUGCUGAUUGAAAAUGGAGUCAGUAUGCACCGUUUUCUCACACUUUCCAGACUGGAGGAGCUCUACAACACGAGACAUGGACCAUCCAACACGUUGUACCACCUCGUCAGAGAUGUCAAAAAGGGAAACCUGCCACCGGACUACCGCAUCAGCCUCAUCGACAUCGGACUGGUCAUUGAAUACCUCAUGGGUGGAGCUUAUCGGUGUAACUACACCAGGAAGAGAUUCAGAACUCUAUACCACAACCUUUUUGGACCAAAGAGGCCCAAAGCCCUGAAACUGCUGGGGAUGGAGGACGACAUGCCAAUCCGCAGAGGACGCCAGAAGACAACUCGUAAACGCGAGGAGGAGGUGGACAUUGAUUUGGAUGACCCUGAAAUUAAUCACUUUCCUUUCCCCUUCCAUGAGCUCAUGGUGUGGGCCGUGCUCAUGAAACGUCAGAAAAUGGCACUGUUCUUUUGGCAACAUGGCGAGGAGGCCAUGGCCAAGGCGCUGGUGGCAUGUAAGCUUUGUAAGGCCAUGGCACACGAAGCUUCGGAGAACGACAUGGUGGACGACAUCUCCCAGGAGCUCAACCACAAUUCCAGAGAGUUUGGCCAGUUGGCAGUGGAACUCUUAGACCAGUCCUAUAAACAGGACGAGCAGAUGGCUAUGAAGCUCCUGACGUACGAGCUGAAAAACUGGAGCAACGCCACCUGCCUGCAGCUGGCGGUAGCAGCCAAACACCGAGAUUUCAUCGCUCACACCUGCAGUCAGAUGCUGCUGACCGACAUGUGGAUGGGACGCCUGCGCAUGCGCAAGAACUCGGGCCUGAAGGUAAUCUUGGGGUUGCUUCUGCCACCAUCCAUCCUGAGUCUGGAGUUCAAGAACAAGGAUGAGAUGUCCUACAUGCCACAAGAUCAAGAGGCAUACCUGCAGGAGAAGGAGGAGGAGGAGCCCGAGAAGCCAGCCAAGGAGAAGGAGGAGGAAGACAUGGAGUUCACAGUAAGAUCUUACUGUGAGACGCAGUACAACUCCGUGGCAAUGCUGGGUAAGGUAACCACAGAAACAUCAAGAAAGAAGGACGUCGAGGAGGUACAGAAACGCCACCGCCUCAUACCCAUGGGACGCAAGAUAUACGAGUUCUACAACGCUCCAAUUGUGAAGUUCUGGUUCCAUACGAUGGCAUACGUGGGUUAUCUGAUGUUAUUCAACUACAUUGUCCUGGUAAAGAUGGACCUGCAGCCCUCUCCUCAGGAGUGGAUCGUCAUCGCUUACAUUUUCACCAACGGCAUUGAGAAGAUGAGAGAGAUCCUGAUGUCGGAGCCGGGGAAGUUGUUACAGAAGGUGAAGGUGUGGCUUCAGGAGUACUGGAACAUCACAGACCUCAUGGCCAUCCUCAUAUUCUCCGUCGGCAUGGUUCUGCGUCUGCAGGAGCCGCCGCUCAUGAGCUACGGGCGGGUCAUCUACUGUGUUAACAUCAUCUAUUGGUACAUUCGGCUGCUGGACAUCUUUGGGGUCAACAAGUACCUGGGUCCUUAUGUGAUGAUGAUUGGCAAGAUGAUGAUCGACAUGAUGUAUUUUGUGAUCAUCAUGUUAGUGGUGCUGAUGAGUUUUGGGGUGGCACGUCAGGCCAUCCUUCACCCGAAUGAAGACCCUUCCUGGAUGCUGGCGAGGAAUAUCUUCUUCAUGCCUUAUUGGAUGAUCUACGGAGAGGUGUUUGCCGACCAGAUUGACCAUAAGCAUAGUAGGAAGUUACAGCACAGGCUGAAUGAAAAACUCUGGCUGGUCGAUAAUUACAUUCGAACACAUGGAAGCUGGCGUAGUCAUGGUCCAUCCAACUCAGCCCAGUGCAGUCAAACUCCCACCCCCUGUGGGCAGAACAUCACUGCAGAGGACGGGGUGGUGGUGACGUUGCCUCCCUGUAAGACGGGUGCCUGGAUUGUCCCAGCCAUCAUGGCCUGCUAUCUGCUCGUCGCUAACAUCCUGCUCGUCAACCUCCUCAUAGCUGUGUUCAAUAACACGUUCUUCGAGGUGAAGUCCAUCUCCAACCAGGUCUGGAAGUUCCAGCGCUACCAGCUCAUUAUGACCUUCCAUGAGCGCCCAGUCCUUCCUCCUCCCCUCAUCAUCUUCAGUCACAUAACCAUGGUCCUCAAACAUCUGUGCUGUCGCUGGCGCAAGCAUGACGACGACGAGCGGGACUAUGGGCUGAAACUUUUUAUCACUGAGGAUGAGCUGAAGAAAGUCCAUGACUUUGAGGAGCAAUGCAUAGAGGAGUACUUCAGAGAAAAAGAUGACAGGUUCCACUCCUCCAACGAUGAGAGGAUCAGAGUCACUUCUGAAAGGGUGGAGAAUAUGGCAAUGCGUCUGGAAGAAGUCAAUGAAAGGGAACACUUCAUGAAGGCAUCACUGCAGACUGUUGAUAUUCGUCUUGCCCAAAUGGAGGAGCUGAUCGGCAGAAUUGCUGUGGCACUGGAGCGUGUAACCGGUGUCGAGCGAGGAGAGGUCAACAAAGCACGUUCCAGGACUUCAUCUGACUGCACAGACUCAGCAUACAUACUCCGCCAGAGUGAGUGUGCAGAAGCAGCGUACAUCCUUCGUCAGAGCAGCUUUAACAGCACAGAAGGGAACGCAUACCGUCUGCAAGAGGCGCUGGAGGGAACAGCUGAGGGCUCCAUGUCACCUCCUUCUCCGACCACCUUGGCCACACGUACAAGAAGCCACUCCUUUUAUGUUGGAGGUGGUCGCGGGGUCGAACGUGCAAGUCGAGCCGAAAGAGCUGAGAGCUUCUUCAAGGAGCGAUCACUCAGUCUCCACCGAGCCAACAGCUCUCAAUCAGUGUCCUCAGCUGCCGCCACCAAGGAGUCUAAGCCCCUCCCUCUUGCGACGCUGUCAGUCUCCCAGCAGCACCGUCCAUCAUCAUGCAUAGAUAUCUAUGUCUCCGCAUCUGAGGAGGUGGGGCCGGCGGAGGUCUUUCUGAAUCCUCUCCGUGUGGUCCCACAGCUCCAGAGAGACUCUUCACUGCAGUCAGAUAUCAUGGAGACGGUGCUGCCGGGAGGCCGGGACUUCAGCAGCGCCGCCGCCAGCGGUAUGGGCGACAGACACUCGGACGGCGGCGCAGGAAGCAGCGGAACAGCUGGAGCCAUGUUUGAAGACAGCGCUGCUGCAGAUUUGUCAUUGUGCUCCGCCCACCUCUUACCAGACACCACUUUACCUCCUUGGGACAUGGAACCAUCCCCACCUCCCUCCGCAGGGCUGCUUGAGCGCUCCAAAAGCAGCCGCUACCUCUCCACUGCAGGCACUGGGUUCCUGGAUGAGCCCCCUCUGGUCAAGUCCCACAGCCUCAUGUUUACACCACGAGGCUGCUACAGUGGUCUGGGGGCUGGAGUCCAGGUGAAAGCUGCAGAGUACACCAGCAUCACAGACUGCAUUGACACACGCUGCGUCUCAGCUCCGUACACCCCUGUAGAACGCUCUCACUCCCCCGGAGGGUCCACCUCAUUCCCCUUUGAUAAACCCCCUGAAAUUAGCUCUUCUCAUCCAGAGAGAGAGGCGGAGCUUAGUCAUACUGAGUCUGAUCCAGAGGACCCUGAGGAUUUGAUCCCGGCCCCUGAUACCCCUCGUUUAGGGGGUUUCAGCGGGCCAAGUGGGGCCCCUCUCUGCUCCCCCUUCUCCAGGCUAGAGCGAGCAAACAGCUGCUCCUCAGAUGACUCCCAUCCUUCCCUCACACUGGCUCCUCCGCACCGGAAGAGCCUGUCGGUGAGUGAGAGGAUGGAGAGGGGACCAGGUCUGGGAGCAGACAGGGGGCCUGGGCCGGGGGGCCGGGGUCUGGCAGGAACCAGAAACCCUUUCCUAAGAAGCAAGUCUGGAGCACGGCCUGAAACAGCAAAGACUGACAGCCUCUCCAUGAGGAAGUUGGCAACGCCGUCAGCUUUUUGCAGCUUUGAUAGGCAAAACUACACGUGACAAGAACAGAGGUCAGCACACACACACACUGACAGGACCAGUAAGGAAAGCUGAGAGGGUCAAAGGUCGAAGUUAAAGCAGGGUGUAGUUGCUCAUAGAUCUGAUCUGGACCUGAUCUACUGUUUCUCACUUCUGUUUUAGGUUAGAAAAUCUACAAGUUUUUUCAAAGUCAGUGCUCGGGGGCAACUUCACUGUGGAUCAGGAGGAGGAGGGGGAAGAGGAUUAGAGAUGAAGGGGUCCUACUGUACACCAGUCAAAAACAAAGAGCUAUGAAUCUAGAAUAGUUUUUACCUCCUCUUGUAGCUUAAUAACUCUCAAUGGGGUGUUAUGGCAGUGGAAGGUGUGUUUGUACUGUAUGUCUUCCAUGCACCACCUUUACGUCAAGUAGACAUCUGUCUCUGUGUUCCAUCACAUAUCAGUCACAAUAGUCAGUGAAAGUAAGCUGUUACCUCUUGCUGCAUUUUUUAGUAGAAACGUUCAAGUCUGAAAGACGAAACGGUAGAAAAAAAGACAAAACUGCCCACUUAUUUUUUUUAUUUCUCGCAGCAAAGAGUCAUUACUAUCGCGUUUAAUACAUUGUCCUCUCUUCUUAUAGACUUAGCUCCACCCUGUCAGACCCCAGAAAGUGCAAACAGAAAUAUUUCUGGUUACUUCAUUAAUAAUCACUGAAGGCUUUGGAACCAUCAAGAACUAUUAACCCCUCUCGGCUGCACAGGAAAUGAUUGCAGUAACAAGGCAACAACUUACCUCUGGACACACAAAUACACCUUUGAAAAAUCAAAAUGUAUCUUUCUUUCUUUUCUUUUUUUUUUAACAGCAUAUUAGAUUAACCUUUUAUUGUCUUAUUUAUAGACAUAUACUGUAACUGUUUUCCUUUUUACUUGUCAGUUUAUCUAGAAAAAGAAAGAAGUGUCUGAACACCUGUCAUAAGGCCAGUACUCAGUAACAUGUCUCUCCAGUCAUAGCUUUUUAAUGGAACAGUCAACACUGGGAUUAAUUAGCAACAUGUACAGAGAGAAAAAUCCAAACAUUAUCAAGGAAAAGUCAUGAAGAAAAUGUGACAUGAAUGCAGUCUUUGACGAUUUAUCUUUGGGGCAGUGAAUCUAUAACAAGCAACAGUGCAUGUUAAAAUGCUGAUGCAUAGUCACGUAACCAUGCAUGAGAAUUUGCACGCAUGCAAGGGCACUAAAAUCUAACUGAGAAAAUGAACCUCAUUUCAGGCCUGAUCAAUUAGUGUGUAACAAGUGCAAACAUUUGGGACAAGAUGGCGCUGUUGGUAUACUUAAGAAGUGAUACUUUUUGAGUGUACCUGACUUGAACCUUCUUUGCCUGCCCCAACACCUGAACUUACACUCAACAAACUCUUGCUAAUUUAUUCGGAAGCGCAUUGCAUUCACCAAAUUUUUUUUUUUUUUACACAUUAUCUCUUAUCUCGUAAUUAUGAGGUCUUUUCUCAUAAUGUGUCUAAUUUUUUUUUUCUUUGGUGAAUGCAAUGCACUUCUGUAAAUUUAAACACCAGCCACCCUUACACAGGGUUGGACAACAACAUAAUUUCCAAGUGGUUAAACAUCCACCUCCACUUAAUGGAUCCGUCCUUCAUCUAUUCCAUAACUGUCAAUCCUUUGCUUUUCUACUGUAUUUCUUUAACUGCUCAGAAAGAAAGCAAGUGCAAAAAUAGACUUAAAAGGAAGUUUAUUGCCCGAUUUCCAAGCCUAUUAAAAAUCUAAUUUAGUGCAGAGAGGGUCUUUCUUCUUAAGACGGUUAAUAAAAGUAUGUAUAUGCAUUCUAGAUGACACAUUAGAUUAUCAUGCAUUUUAUGUGACAUGAGUUGGGAAACAUGGGGUUAUUAUGGGAAAAAGAUGAAAGCCAGAUCAGUGUUUGAAACAUUAUUUUUUACGCUAAUGAAAAACAUCUUGGGGGAAGAUGCUCUUCUCUAUCCUUGUAAAGAUAAGAGAGUAACACUGGAAUACCUACUGAUUUUUUUUAUGUUUGUAUAUCUUUUCAUUAUCACGAUUCUCUUGAAUCAUGUUGCAUUUAUUUUGAGGUUGAUUCUGUUUAUUGACAUUUUCCUGCUCAUCACUGACAAAUACAGUAAAUGCCUGUUUGAAUUAUGAAAUCAAUAUUUAUAUCUUCUCAGUGAUAUUUUUGUCAAAUUUUAAGUAUUUUCUAAUUAAGCUUUUAAAUUUAAUAAAAUAUGACCAUCAACAUGCACUAAAUGCUGAUGUAUAUUAUUUAUUGAAUAUAGAACUGUCUGAUAUGCUGUACAUUUCAAUCAUAUUUAAAGUAGUUUUUUAUCGUAUGUUUUAUCAAUCAGAUUUUAGGAAUUUUCUAAUAUAAAGUUGACUUGGCAGCACAGCACAAUGUUGCCAGUGAACCACACUUAGGGUGCCUUUUGGGGCAUGGAUGGAGUAUGUGGGGACUGAAGUGAAUCAGAAAUCUGUCGAAAUGUUUAUGUUUGUUUUUAAUCAUAGAGUCCCCCCCCCCCCCCCCCAAAUUUCUGUGAUUAUUUUUUAAUAGACAGCAUUUACAUCCACUCAUACACCUUUGUUAUUAUCACUAUUGUACAGAGUGGGGGAAAUGUUGUCAUAUAAAGGCUGUAUCAUUGCUUAUGGAAAUGUAAUUGUAUCUACCAAAAAAAAUCGAAUUCAGAAUAAUUGUUUCAUAUUUGAAUAGAAGAAAAAUCUAUUUGCACAUAAAACUAAGACAUAAUGAAAAGAAAAUAACUCUGUGACUCAUCCCAAUCUGUUUGACGUCCCCAAUUUGUCAUUAUCUUGACUCCAACCUUAGACCUUAAAGAAGCAAUGUAGUACUGAUUCUCCACAAAGUUGGGAGACUUUCUAGUGAUAUAUUUUGGAAAUAAAAGUUUGAAAGUGAAGGAACAAAUGGUUAACUAUAAUGACUUUUUGCCCGAAGAAUGGGCUAAGCCUAAAAAAACACAGGAUCCUGAAAUUCAACCCAACAGAAAACUUUGUUACACCUCUGUUUGUUGACGAAUCAUCACCCCUGUUAUGUAACUGAAAAGUACUCCCAAAACCAGUAAAAUGACAUGUAGGCCUAUUUGUAAAAUGUGUGGAUUUUCCAUUCCACUUACACAUUACUCUCAUGAAUUGCAUUGUGGACUCAUGCUCAGUAGUGAAUCGUUAGGUCAGGCAGAUUGGGAGUUACACUCUUGCAUUUAAUAGGAUGUUCUUACCAGUUCAAAUUCUUUGAUAAAUAAACAGACUUAAGUGUUUUAAAGAGGAAGUUUGACCCGAAGUCAAUGCUCAGGGACUGAAGUGAUGCAAGAAAACAUGACCGUCUUGGAAUCAUGGAAAAAAAAAGAGAUUUGAAUUUGUCUUCAGCUGCAGGCUACAUAAUAAUCACUGUGCUUUAUGAGUCUAACUCGGGAUCUCUGGGGACUGUAGGGAAAUCUAUACAUUUGUGUCUUAUGUCUUAUGAAAUGGCAAUAGAAAAAUGAAAGAUUGUCUUGGUACCUGACCAACAGACUUUGUUCACAGACAGGUUUUAAUGUUCCUUACUAUCUAAACUUUAUGACUUGCAUAUUAUUAGAGAGGGCUUUGGUCACACACAGCUGACUCUCAGGCUCAGAACCAAACCAAAGUUAAACAAACCAAAUGGAAAUGAGCCGUGUCGUGCUCUGCUGACCUGUUGUCUACACAGCUGUGGCACAAAGGGUUAACCAAGCAAGGGUCAUACAGUUUAACUGAGUUUUAAAUGCAUAUGAAAACAGACUAGUGCGACGGACUGAAAGUUGAGGACGUUUUAUUUGACCAGUAAGAGAUAUUAGACAACAACGUCAAUGUUAAUUCUAAACUUAACAAGCCCGUGACUGGGUUUUUAAUAUGCUGACAUGGCAGUUGUUGAAGAUACUGACAGGAAGAGAGUGUGCGUGCGAACCUGCGUGGAUGUGUGUUCAUAAACUGUGUGAUCCCAGACAUGUAGGUGACACCAACAAUAGGGAGUCAUGCCAACCCAAAAGAACCCAACAGAACGUCAAUGAACAGUAUUUUAAAAACUUCUUCCAAAGUUGUAUCUUUACUUUUCUGAAAUUAGGAUCAUAUGAAUAAAAUCAACAGGUCUGCUUCUCUCCUCUGACAACCUGUGUCUCGUAAAAGGUGAAAGAGAGCUCCAUGCACAUGUUUUGUCCUGCAAUAACUGCUGAUUUUGCGCUUCUACAACUGAAAGGGAAUAUCCCUCUACUGGUCACACGUUAUUUAAUGUCCUCAAAUGCAUGCAGUUCUUCCCCUCAGAGUGUACAGAGGCAACCUGUUAUGACAACUGAGAGAGAGCUAGAGAGAGAUUAUUAUAUGAAUUUAAAUUAGUGAGUAUUUGGAUGCAAAAACAAAUCUGUAUUCUUCAAUGUGAAUAGGAUCAUGUCUGGCAUGCAUUGUUAAAUAAAAAUUUUAAUAGGUUGGUA